AUGACUUAUAACUUGCCACCAUGGAUGUGCAUGAAACAAGAAUACUUGAUGCUUUCUCUGUUGAUCCCGGGACCAAAAUUGCCAGAAAAUGAUAUUGACGUGUACCUGCAACCAUUGAUUGAGGAAUUAAAGGAGUUAUGGGAACUUGGGAUAGAAACAUACGAUGCCACAAGAAAUAAAACUUUUCAAAUGCAUGCAGCUCUCUUAUGGACAAUUAGUGAGUUCCCUGCAUAUGCAAUGUUAUCCGAGUGGAGUACAAAGGAAAAACUAGCUUGCCCUUCUUGUAACUAUGGGACUUGUUCUAGUUAUCUUACACAUAGUUGGAAGAUGUGUUAUAUGGGUUAUCGUGUUCUUUUGCCCAAGGAACAUUCAUGGAGAACUAAUAAGAGGUCAUUUAAUGGAAAAGAAGAACAUCGGAAAGCUCCACCAUUGCUAGAGGGCAUGGAAGUUUUAAGUCACUUAGAUUCUAUGGAGAAUUCCUUUAAGAAGACAAAAAAAAAGUUGAUAGUAUUCUUGGAACUCUUGGAUAAAUCUGGCAAGACAAAAGACCACCUAAAUGCUCGAUAUGACUUGCAAGAAAUAGGCAUUCGUAAGAAUCUUCAUCCAAAAGAAAUAAGAGGUCAUAGAAAAGUGAAGUUUGCAAAAGCAUGUUUCUCCAUGACUAAAGCUGAUAAAUCAAUUUUUUGUGAUGUCUUGAAGAAAGCAAAACUACCUGAUGGUGCUGCCUCAAAUAUUUCUCGAUGUGUGAACCUUGCAAAAAGAAAAGUAUCUGGUUACAAGACUCAUGAUGCCCAUUUUAUGCUGCAUUAUUUACUGCAAAUUUCCAUCAAAAGUAUACUUCCAGAUUCGGUUGCAAUCCCUUUAAUUCGGCUUGGCUCUUUUUUUCGUCAGUUAUGUCAAAAGGUUAUCACAUUAGAAGAGAUAAAUCAAUUGGAAGCAGAGAUUGUGAUAACACUAUGCCAAUUAGAGAGGAUUUUUCCUCCUUCAUUUUUUGACAUAAUGAUGCAUUUGCCUAUUCAUUUGGCUAAUGAAGUGAGACUAGGCAGCCCAGUUCAAUUUCGGUGGAUGUAUCCUCCCGAAAGAUACAUGUGUACUUUGAAGUCAUAUGUUCGAAAUAGAAGUCGUCCAGAAGGAUCUAUUGCGGAGGCCUACUUGGUUGAUGAGUGUUUGACUUUUUGCUCACGUUAUUUACAUGAUGGUAUUCAAACAAAAUUGAAUAGAAUGCCCCGGAAUAAUGAUGCUAAUGACUUUGAAGCGGAAAUUCCACAUUCAUUUCCAAUUUUGUUUCUUAAGAAAGGCUGUCCAUUGGGAGCAAAGAAGGGUGAGCUUUUUUCUCUUGACGACAAGUCUCGAAACCAAGCCCAUAGCUAUAUAUUAUUGAACUGUGGAAAAAUUGAAGACUAUGUUAGAUUUCAUACUAGGCAACGUGAGGCAAGACGCAAGACGCACAAUAGUGGUGUAACUUUAGUUGCGUUGACUACGAGCUUUGCAAGUGCAAAGGAUCCAAAUCCAAUUCGUGCAAAAAUUUCCUACUAUGGCAGAAUAAAUGAUAUAAUUGAGUUAGACUACUUUGGCAAUUUUAAGGUUGUAUUGUUUAGAUGUGACUGGUAUGAGACUCAAGAGGAUGGCUAUGGCUCUUCAUAUGUUCAAUUCAACAAAAAAUGCUAUCAAGAAAAGCCUUUUGUGUUGGCAUGUCAAGUACACCAAUGCUUCUAUGUGCAAGAUCCAUUUGAUCAAAAUAAGCAUUGUGUUAUGAAGUCAAUUCCAAGGAAUUUAUUUAACAUAGGUGACGAAGCUGAUGUUGAUCCCCAAGCUAUUUAUGAAAAAGAGCCAUCUGAUCAGUCAAUGGGUCCUUCUAUACCCAAUGAUAAUGGUGAAAUUGAUUUGAUUAGGGGUGACUUGCACGAAGUUGUUAUAGAUGCUUCAAAAGGAGUUCUUCUUUCACAAGAAUAUAACACAGAAUCAGAAGAUAAUUCCAAAGACGACAUUGAAUGA